AACGCGAACGGGCGGCGGGAGCGAAGCCCCCUGAGAGCGCCAUGGCGGGCCCGGCCCCCGGCAGCGCCCGGCCCCUCCGCGGACAGUCCUUCUACCUCGACCUGCCCGCCGGCACCAGCGCCCGGCACCUGGCGGAGGCCAUCGAGCGGCUCGGCGGGGUGACCGAGAGCUUCCUCAGCAAGGAGGUGACGUACGUGGUGUCCAGCAACAAGGAGGCCAAACGGGGCAGAGCCGGGACUGGGGAUGGAAAGCAGAGCAACCCAACCUCAGGAGACACCAACCCCACGAGCUCAGGGCCUGCUGCCUGCAGAGGGAACCCACCCAGACCUCACCAGAAGCCACCAGACACUGCCCUGCUGAGCCGGGGGAAGGAGCUGCUGCAGAAGGCCAUGAAGAGGCAGGACGCCUGCAGUGGCAGCAGCAUCCUCGCCAACGCUCGCCUGUGGGGAGUCCAGAUCCUGCACGUGGAUGGUAUCCUUAACUGGGGGUGGAAGGAGGCUCUUGGAAAACAGGGAUCUGUGAGACAGGUGGAGCAGGAGUGAUGUCAGGAGUGUGGAACUGAAGGGAGAGACUGCAAGGAAAUACACGGGGCUGGUGCUGU